AAUUGGCGCUUUAUUACUGACUGAGUGACUCACUCUCCUCUACAGUGAAGUUGGAACGUGAGCUAUGGUGGCGAGAUGUUCCGAUGAGAGUAGCAAUUAAUUAGGGCUUCUCUUUGAUCGAAUUUGUGAUUUAAGAUGAGAAAUUUGAUGAAUUCUGCUGCUGCCGCUGCAAUGAGACCUGUGAAGGAGGAGUUUGUGACGAUAGACUUAGACGAUGAAGAUGAAGAUGUUCUUUGUGGUGAGGUUAACGUGGAGUGUAUGAUGGAUGCUGAGGAACUUAAUACUUCUGAUGAUGAUGGUGAUGAUUGGGAUACCAAAAUUGAUCAUCAGUAUAUGAAGUUGUUGGAUAGUUUCAGAGAAUAUGGGAAUACAUAUCUGAGUGAUAAUCCACUUAGGUCUAUCAGGUAUGAAGUAGAUAACGGAGGAUACGACAUUCGCAGAUUCGAAGCAGCGGUCACAAAGAAAGAUCGAAACACUGUUCGUGUUGUGACCAAGAAGAAUGUUGAAUCAAAGCCUCAUCAUGUUCAAGCAAGCUCAAGGAAGACAACAACGAAAGAAGCAGGUUCAAGGCAGAGAAGAGAGAAUAGUGUGGCUGAGAAGAGUGUUGAAGCAACGCUCAUUAGUACGAGUCAUGUGAAAAGUAACUCUCAACAACAACAACAUAGUAGUGGUAAUGCUAGCGAGAAGGAAGAGAAUUUGGAGGAUCACGAUGAGAAUUACAAAGCUUAUCUCACAUGGUUAGUGGAGAAUUUAAAAAGCUCAAGAACUAGACCUGAAAAGGAGAUACAAGUAAAAUGCGAAGAGGAGGAUUAUGCAAUGUCUUUGUCUGAUUCUGAUUCUGAUACUAUUGUGGUUGGAGAUCGUCCAUUUCUGGAUGGAGAGGAUUCUCCAUUUGUGCCAUCCAAAAGUUAUAAAGUGGUUGAUUUGGAUGACAAGAGAAGUGAUGAACGGAGUUCUUGGUUUAGGAAGGAGAUAAUGAAUGUUCUGAAGCAGCCAUACACUCUAACAGAGCUCACGAAACUUCACAAUGAAGCAUCGGUGCAUAGAAGGUCAACCCGACACAUAGAACUACGAGAUGGAACUGAGUUUAACUUUAAAACGAAGAAAAAGAGACCUUCAUAUCUCGACGAGUAUCCAGACUUCAAAAAGGAGUAUCUUGAUUCUUUACAUGAAGCUGAUGAGCGUAAAGCUCUGAACCUGUUGCGCGGGUUUAUCUUUUAUUUAACGAAUGUGGUUCGUGAUGAUGCAUUCAAACCAUGGCUUGAU